AUGUCCGUCAACGUGCUCUCCCACCCGAUCGUCCAGGCCAAGCUCUCCGAGCUGCGCGACGCCCGCACCAGCUCGCACCGCUUCCGCGCCCUCGUCAAGGAACUGUCGACCGUGCUCGGCAUCGAGGCGUCGAGGGACCUGCCCGUCAAGGACGUGCCCGGCCUCAAGAGCCCGAUUGCCUCGUUCACGGGCAAGGCCAUUGCUCCUCGCGUCGGCCUCACGCCCAUCCUGCGCGCCGGCAUCGGCAUGACCGACCCCAUGCUCGACCUCUUCCCCGACGCGUCCGUCUUCUACCUCGGCCUCUUCCGCGAGAAGGUGUCUCUCCAGCCCGUCGAAUACUACCAGAAGCUGCCCAAGACGGUCACGGUCGACACGCUCUUCCUCCUCGACCCGCUCAUCGCCACCGGUGGCACCGCCAUCGCCGCCAUCUCUAUCCUUCUCGACUGGGGCCUCGACGUGUCGCAGAUCAAGCUCUUGUGCAUCCUCGGCUCCAAGCCGGGCCUGCAAAAGGUCGCAGAGGCGUACCCCGGGCUCGACAUCUACGCGUGCGCGGUCGACGAGGAGCUGACCGAGGACGGCUACAUCGUGCCCGGACUCGGCGACUCGGGCGACCGCCUCUUCUCGACGCAGCCCUGA